GAGGAUGGAGCAACUGACUCUGGUGGAGGCCAUCUUGGGUUAUCCUGUUCCCAUCGGAUUUGAGGGUGCCGCAAUUUGCCCUCACUCAGCCACUGCCACAGGCUGUUGUGCGACCUCUUGCCUCUCAGGGAGGUGGUGUUCGUGGCGGUUCCCCCUGAGCCAGCUCCCCACUGGCCACAGGUGUCCUCAGUUGAACUGGGAGGCAGCAGAAGCUCUGGCACAGCUGGGCACAAGAGUCUGGCUGGUCAGACUGAGCGACUCGGAAGGCGGACUCUGUUGACACUUGAGGAGGGCCUCGUUUCCCUUCCCUGUUCCUGGAGCACUUCUUAAUGGAGGCCUGUUUCACAUCAGGAGGGGCUUCUGCUGUGGCCAUGGAGUCUCUGUUGACUGAGAUGUACAGCCUCAAUUCCCCCAAAGCCCCCACUGCCCAGUCCAUGUCGGAGAGGAGAGAGAUGGUGUCUGGGCUACGUUGGGACAGAAGAGACAACUGCAAAGCCAAGAGGGGAGACCAUGGUUACCAGAAAAAGCAGCAGCAGCAGCUGGAAGCCGGAGCGCGUGAGGAUCCGUUGGUGCAAGGAGCAGAAUAUGUGGAGCAGAGCAGCCAGGAGGUGAAGAGGCCUCUGCAGCAGGAAGCGAAAGGAGAGAAGUGCCGCCUUCAGGGUGGAGACCUCAUUCGGCAAGAGGAAGGGCUGGAGUCUAAUGGCUGGAGGCUGGACUGGGAGUCAGAGUCGGUCCACGAAGAGAGCCUGGGACCACCUUCCUUUCCCUCCUGCAGGUCUUCUCCCUCCCCGAGGUGGGAGCCUCUCUGCUCAGCAGCCUGGAUCUCUCCCCCCCCCCUUUCUCUCUUGCAGGAUUUAUUGGGGCUGCUUCUACUUCUUCCCUUGGCUCCGGAUGUGCAGGAGAGACAAAAGGGUGCAGCCGUGACAAGGCAGGGGGCGCUUCCUGUGAUGUUUUCCCUGCUGCCAGGACCCCGGUCUCACCCCAUCACUACCUCCCCCCCAAAUAUGCCCCCUAUCUUUAGCCAGAUCCCGAAGGAUGCAACACAAGCCUCUAUUUGCCCUGCCCAGCGCUGGCCGCCCAGAUAUAUCCCAGUUGCUGUUCUUUGGAAGGACUGAAAUCUGCAACACCCUGGAAAUUAAAAGCUUCUUCCUUUA